UGGAAUUGGAGUAAAGAAAUACCCACUGACAGAUCUGAAUAGGCUACCCAACUCUCAUUCGACUGAAAAUGUAUAAACUACAGUUGUUGAGUGUGUUUUUAAAUGAUCGUUUAACUGCGGCUGCUGUGGAGAUUUUCGGGGAAGUAGAGAAAAUGGUAGUGGAGUACCAGGAGGAGAAUAAUCGUCUACGGAGCCUGCUGCGGAUCACACCGGACAUAAAACUAUGUAGAAUAGACUCCCUGCAGCUCUCUCUCGCUGACUCUGAAGAGGAGGUUCCCCCUGAGCAGCAGCACUGUGAGCAGGAGUGGAGCCCCAGUCUGGGACAGAAGGACCCAGUGCCCACACAGAUUAAAGAGGAACAGGAGGAAGUCAGGACCAGUCAGGAGGAGGAGCAGCUUCAAGGGGUGGAGCCUGAUAUCAUAGAGUUCAAUUUCACUCCUUCCUGUGUGAAAAGUGAAUGUGAUCAGGAGGACCCACUUCAGUCCUUGGCUCUUCCCCAAACCCAGACUGUGGAGAACAGAAAGAGUGGCUCUAAACCAGUAUAUCCUGAACCUCUUGGCACUGUGACCCACCUAAGGGGUCUGGACAUUCCCUGUGAUCCUCCAGAUAAUCAGAACAAUGCCUCCAGCCACAGUUCAGCCAUAAGCAGCAACCCAGUAGGACUUGACAGCAGCCCACAAUUGGAUCUGAUCCCACCAAUGGGGGAACUCUGCACCUGCCCCUUUUGUGGCAAGACCUUCAAACAAAAAGGAAAUCUGUCCAUGCACAUGAGGAUUCACACAGGAGAGAAACCUUUUAGCUGUGGUGACUGUGGGAAGAGCUUUAUUCAGAAGGGGGACUUAAGGAGACAUAUACUGACUCACACAGGAGAGAAACCAUUCAGCUGUAAUUUUUGCUGUAAAAGCUUCAAUCAGAAAGGGGACCUAAGGAGACAUAUCCUGACUCACACAGGAGAGAAACCAUUUAGCUGUUGUUACUGUGGUAAGGGAUUCAUUCGCAAGGAGCACCUAACUGCACAUAUACGGACUCACACGGGGGAAGUUUCGGUCUCAGGCAGAACCUAACCACGCAGGAACUGAUAUAGAUCUAUGAUCAAUUUUAAUGUUGAAAGCAUUCUGUAAAAUAAAGUUUGAUUUGAUUUGAAUGAUUGAGGUAAUGAUCAAACAGCACAGAGGAUUGUAGGAAAUUCACCGGUCUGCUGUUCAAAGUCUGUAGUUCUCUUCAUUAGAAACAGGAAUAUCUGAUCGUUUGAUUAGGAAUGCCUCUCGUGGUGAUAAAGGAAGGGGUCAGGCUGAUGUUGUUGAUGCCACGAAAUACAAUUCCAGAAAAUAUCUCCUUCCAUUUUCUCAAGAGUUUCUCAUCAAUUCAGUUGCUGCUCAUUCACGAUCUGAAAUUGCGAUUUGAUAUUGCGAUGUUAUUGCUGCUAUUUGAUAUUUUCGUAAACAUAUCGCUCCCUAUAUGUCUCCUGCAGAGAGACAAGAGAGCAUCAGAAAAUGUGUUUUGAUCAUGGAAAUAAAAGUGAUGAAAACAUGUUGGCUCACCAUUUAAAAAAGUAGAUGGAGAACGAAGCUAUAGGUUGAAAAGUACUUGGGUUUUGGUGCUGUUACAGCCGACUUAGCCGUAGCUAACGCCAUCUAGCAAAACAAAUAUACGUACUUUAUUAAUUAUUUUACAAAUCGAUACUUGGGAGUCAGAGUAUCGAUAUAAUAUCGUUCAAAGAAAAUAUUGCGAUAUAUAUCUGGCUAGAUUUUGUCCCCCAUCCAUAUUGCCGACUGGCUGUACUUUUGAUCUGCUGGCUAGAUUGUAACUGCAAACAGAUCCAUGUCUUCCUGCCUGUAGAGUAACCACACUUUUGACUCAAGAGAGGAUGCUAAGUAGUCCAUCUCUGAAACAGCUAGCUACAAGUCAAGUAGUACUUGGAAGUAGGCUUUACCACCCAACAGACACAAACAUUAUCAAGAACGCCUAGCUUCAUCAUCUAAGUUAGCUCGCUAGUUAACUAGUAAGCUAGACUGUUGGUUUAUAAAAGCCAAAGAAAGCUAAUCUAGUUUUUAUGAAUUUCUCAUGCGUUUAAAUGGCUAGAUAGAUGGCUAAUAUUGCCAUCCAGCCAGGCUAAUGUUGCCAUCAAGCUAGACCAUGAGCGAGCUAGCUAGAUAACAUGUAUUGUGUACAUUUAGAACUUCCCAAGAUAGUUCACAAAGUUGUCAAUUUAAUCAAAUGUAGUCAAUUUAUUCAUUACUAAAUGUAGCUAACAUUAGAUAGUUAAACCAGAGAUAAGGCAUUUGUAGAUCUAUAUGAUAGCCUCAUUAGCAGCUAAUUAGCAUUUAAUUUGGGAUAGGGGGUAAAUACAGGCAAAUAUAUUGAUAAAAUGAACCUUGUCCGAGAGAGUUAUCGAAACAUCAUGCCAGGGUAAGUCUACAUGAAACACAGCCCUUAUUUGAAGUGUUUCUAAAUCCCCUCUUAGGAAAAAUGGAGUGAAUCAGUAUCUCCCAAAAGAUCAAUUUAGCAAAUGCAGUUUGACCUCAACUAACCGGUGCCCCCCACAUUGACUCUGUACCGGUACCCCCUGUAUAUAGCCUCCACACUGACUCUGUACCGGUACCCCCUGUAUAUAGCCUCCACAUUGACUCUGUACCGGUACCCCCUGUAUAUAGCCUCCACACUGACUCUGUACCGGUACCCCCUGUAUAUAGCCUCCACACUGACUCUGUACCGGUACCCCCUGUAUAUAGCCUCCACAUUGACUCUGUACCGGUACCCCCUGUAUAUAGCCUCCAUAUUGACUCUGUACCGGUACCCCCUGUAUAUAGUCUCGCUAUUGUUAUUUUACUUCUGCUCUUGAACUACUUGUUACUUUUAUUUCUUAUUCGUAUUUUUUUAACUGCAUUGUUGGGUAGGGGCUUGUAAGUAAGCAUUUCACUGUAAGGCCUACACCGGUUGUAUUUGGCAUAUGUGACUAAUAAAAAUGGAUUUGAUUUAUAAA